CGACGAAUAGUCAUAUGAUCGUCACGGAAAAGGGCGAGCCCGACUUCGAUUUUGACGGAUUCGUGUUCCAAGUGGUGUAUAGUUGUUAAAUUAUAGUAAACGGUCCUCCAAAAUGAAGGGUUGCAUGUUCAAUAUUGACGGAGGAUAUUUGGAGGGUCUUUGUCGUGGAUUUAAAUGUGGAAUUCUUCAACAUAAUGAUUAUCUUAAUCUCGUACAGUGUGAAACACUCGAAGAUUUAAAACUGCAUUUAGCAGGUACAGAUUAUGGUAGUUUCUUGGCUAAUGAACCAUCACCGCUCUCUGUCAGUGUAAUCGAUGACAAACUAAGGGAAAAACUUGUGGUAGAAUUUCAACAUAUGCGUAAUCAUUCUGUUGAGCCUUUAUCUCAAUUUUUGGAUUUUAUCACAUAUAGUUACAUGAUCGAUAAUAUCAUUUUAUUGAUCACUGGUACUUUACAUCAAAGACCAAUUUCAGAAUUGAUUCCUAAAUGUCAUCCUCUUGGCAGUUUUGAACAAAUGGAAGCCAUUCAUGUAGCAGCUACACCCGCUGAACUUUAUAGUGCAGUCUUGGUGGAUACUCCUUUAGCACCUUUCUUUGUGGAUUGCAUUUCUGAACAGGAUUUAGAUGAAAUGAACAUUGAAAUAAUCAGGAAUACCUUAUAUAAAGCUUACUUGGAAGCUUUUUACAAAUUCUGUAAAGACAUUGGCGGGACGACUGCAGAUACUAUGUGUGAAAUACUUGCGUUUGAAGCAGAUAGGCGAGCAAUUAUCAUAACUAUCAACUCGUUUGGAACAGAGUUAGGAAAAGAUGAUAGAGCAAAAUUAUAUCCACGUUGUGGUAAAUUGAAUCCUGAUGGAUUAGCAGCAUUGGCAAGAGCCGAUGAUUAUGAACAGGUUAAAGCUGUAGCAGAGUAUUAUGCUGAAUACAGUGCUUUAUUUGAAGGUGCGGGUAACAACCCUGGUGAUAAGACUUUAGAAGAUAAAUUCUUUGAACACGAGGUUCGUUUAAACGUUCAUGCUUUUCUCCAACAAUUUCAUUUUGGAGUAUUCUAUAGUUAUCUUAAGUUAAAGGAACAAGAAUGUCGCAACAUCGUAUGGAUAGCAGAAUGUGUAGCACAAAAACAUCGUGCUAAAAUAGAUAAUUACAUUCCAAUCUUUUAAUGCCUUCUAAUGUUCUGUUUCAUUGAUUGUUUAUGUCUGGCUAAGCAACAAUAUCACACAGGAAAGUGAUUGUUUCUCUGUAUUUUUAUUUUUCAAUUAUGAAUAAUUAAUAGUUCUACAAUAUUUCUUAUUGUCAAAAAGGUGAAACUGCCAAAUAAAUACAAAAUAUUAUUAAUAAUUAUUUAACGCAUAAUUAAAACGAAAAGGCAACUGUAUCUCUAGCCAAAUUGAAAGGAUGGUAUUAAAAAUUAUUAUUUAGCACUGUUACUAUCAUAUAUAACAAGAGUUUAUAUUAUAUCGAUGUAUAUAAUGUAUUUUAUUGUAGUCUAGUAUAUUUGUUGUGUCUUGUAUUACCCGACGUUGUAAUUAUUGAUUCUAAUGUAAUAUAAAACAAUAUAUAAU